GGCGGCGCUACAAGUGGCUGGAUUCGUAAAUUGGGAGCACACACGCGCGCUUCGUACGGUGCUCCUCGUACGGUGCUCCUCGGACCUUCCAGUUUCCUCUUCGCUGCUUGCGUAGACGUGUGCACGUUUUCUCUACCCUUCUUAGGAUACCCUACCCCUCGUCGAGUAUCAAGAAUAUUUUCCUACCUUCUCUACUGGGACACAUCCAAUUUUAUUCUACGAACAUUCGUUGUAGUUUUUUGUUGAGAGGAGCCCCAAUGGUUUACCGUAUCUCGGAAAGAUGAUCUUUUUUAAAGAAAAUGGGACAACUCGAAUGAAGCUUCAAUGUCGACGAAGAAGAACGGAAAGUGAGGAAAGUGUUGAUGGAUUUUGGAUUGAAUCAAUAUCAUCAUCAUCAUCGUUGUCGUUGUCGUAGUCGUCGUAAAAAAAAAAUCUGUUAAAUGAUCGAUCGAAAAUAACGAUCGAAAUGAUUUUCUCGUAGUUGAUCAAAAAGUGCGACACGAUAGCAGCAAGUGAAGUGGAAGAGUAAGAGAGAAAGUAAAAGAAAUCUUGAAAAUGAGCUUCUUCAAUUCUCUUCAGCAAUACGUGAGCGAGAGUGUGGCGAGCUUCAAUCUCAGCCCUAAGAGAUUCUCCUUCAGUCGAGAGGACUCAGCUGGUACGACAGGUAGAAGCGGUUCUAGCGGAAGUAUCGUCAAUGACAAUUCGAGUACACAUCAAUCGACUCCUCAUGGCUUCCCCAAGGUUGUUCCACCGCCAGGAACGAUACUUUCCUCAUCCUCGCAAGUUCGUUCACUUUCAAGAAGACGUACUCUUGACUGCUCGGUUCCGUCAGGAUUGAGCGUUCAUCCUGUUGCCGCUGCAGCAGCAGCCGCUGCGAAUGAUGGUUUAGUUGUCUGUGGUUCUGCUUGCGGUCAGAGUUCUGGAAAUUCCCCUUCACCACGAAGAGUUGGUUCCUUUCGUCGAAGUACAGCUGGGAUCAGUUCGGAUCGACCACCACUCAUGUUCUGUCGUCGCAGACCAUCCUGGCCAGAAUUUGACAUACAAGCUACUUCCGGUGUUCAAGAAACGGAUGGCUCGUUUUUCGAGAGUUUCACUGCUUUAUCAUGGAAACAAGAAAAUCGUAGACUGGUGGCACUUCAAGAAGUUGAAGCUCGUGCCAAGGAUGCACCACCGUCUUCCGGAGAUGUCAAUAUAAAUUCUUAUCAUUCUCGUCGAAUCAACAAAGAAGAGAUAGAAAAAUUAUACGUCGAAGUUCUAUAUACGAUCGCGAACACUGUGGGAGCAAGUACGGGUCAGUACGCUCACUAUAAAGAAGACCUUUAUGGUUACGCGCAGGAAGCGUUUGGUAUACCGCAGGAUCAACAUCGACGAUACCUCGAUAUUGCUUCGAAAGAGAAGCCCCCUAUCGUGGUACUAAGUGUAGUAGUUAUCGAAGCUGAAGGAUUAGAAGCCAAAGACGCAAACGGUUUCAGUGAUCCAUAUUGUAUGUUGGGCAUACAACCAGGCAAUACGAGCGCACCACUGAGCCCACAAACAAAUUUGUCGGCUCAUUCUCCUCACACACCUCCAGCUUCACCGAGACAAGCGGCUCGUGCUUUAUCCGAUGGAGGUGAGAACGAUAACUCCCAUCACGAAAAGCUACGAAAACAUCAUAGUUUCAGAUUAUCAUUCAAACGCAAAGAGCAUAACACCAGACGAGAACAUCGAGAAUCCUUUAGUGGAGCGGUUCCUGCCAAAUUUAUUCGCGCUACCACAGUGAAACCUCACACAUUGAGUCCACAAUGGAGAGAAAAAUUUCGCUUUGACAUCGAUGAUAUCAGCACGGAUAUCUUGCAUCUCGAUAUAUGGGACCACGACGAUGAAUCUUCGGUAUUCGACGCCGUAAGUAAAUUAAACGAGGUACGAGGUGUUAAAGGUCUUGGAAGAUUUUUUAAACAAAUAGCUCAAAGUGCACGUUCCGGUAGUCAAGAUGACUUCUUAGGUUGCGUGAAUAUUCCACUUCAGGAUAUUCCAAGCACAGGAUUGGAAAAUUGGUAUAGACUCGAGGCAAGAACGCAAAGGAGCAACAUACAAGGUAGAAUCAAAUUAAAGUUGUGGUUAUCCACACGGGAAGACAGAGGAACAUCCGAAGAAGAUAAUUGGGCUGAACUUAGACAACAGGAAAGACUUUAUACCGUAUUCCUUGAUCACGAAAUGAACAAACAAGGGGAAAACUUCACAGGUGAAUUACCAUUAACGGCACUGACAAUUCUUCACCAACACGCGGUGCAAGGUGACGUAACGGAAUUACAACAAACAAUGAUCAAAUGGAUCGCCAGUUCGAAACAUCCAGGUGUCGAUAUGAAAGUUUUGCAUCGUCUUCUUCAGGAAAUGGAUAGUUUAUGGCAUUUGAAAAAAACGGAAACGUCAUCGCGAGACGAGGAACAAUCUCUGGCAGAUUCUUUCAACGAUUUUUUAGAAGUAUCAUUGAAGAAAAUUCAACAACAUCGUACGUUAUAUCCACCAUUGCAUCGAUCAUCGAUCUCCAAACUCGAAAAUUUACUGAGAUGUUUGGGUCUUUUAUCAAACAUGAACGCUUUUUCGUUGUGUUGUCCAUUUAACAAGGAAAUAAGGGUAGAAAUUGUAACAGCCCUUAAAAAGGGAACUUUCGAGUGGUACGAGAACGUACGACAUCAAACAAUGUAUCACGAUCAAGAACCUGAUCAAGAUGCGGAUCGUGUCUUGCAAGAUUUUACAAAUUUAGUCACGGCACUAUUGGUCGACUUGGAACAGGGUCGUAUGUAUUAUAAUAUUCUCUUUGAAAGUACAAACGGUGUACCAUAUUUUUCGAUAGUUUACAAGCAGUUGGAAAAAUUGCUGGCGGAACACGUGACGAAACACAUGGAGAACACUUCCGAGAUCCAAAAUGAACUCGGUGCAAGAGUCACUACUGCUUGUCUUCAACUUCACGGACAAAACAGCGAUGUAGAUUACGUUUUACCACCGGGCGCAGAAAUUGGAACACCAAUUUUUGAAUUUUAUCUAGCAUUGCAAAAUUUUGUCAGUAUGAAGGAAAAGUUACCAUUAUCUGAUCAGAAAUCUCUGAUAAUUUGCAAAUAUUACGAGUUAUUUAGACCAGCAGUUGACAAAUGGUUGGAUCUAGCAAAAUUGAAAGCAGUUCAAAGAAUUAGAAGAGCUACGGAAUUGGAUCGAAUUUGUACCGGUGAUUUUAUAGUAAAACAUUGUACAUCUGCAAUCGACGCAACUGCGUGCUUUUAUCAGAUCAAAGAAUUUUGGAAAAAAUUAGAAUGGCCAGAUCUUGUUGGAUCGUACAGUUUCGUCUCAAAGGUUAUUGAUGCUAUCUGUACUCCUGCUACUUAUUAUGCCGAAAUAAUCCAUAAAAAAUUAGCAGAAUGUGGAUAUUAUGACGACCAGACACCGUAUAAAACUACGGAUGAGAUGUGCGUAGCUAUAAACGGUUUAGAAUAUGUAAGAAGAUGGUUAUUAGAUCUGGGAGAAGAACUUCAGGUUGAGGAAAUUCUAACAGAAUUGGAAAAUCAAGCUGGAGAUUCUGUUCGAGUGCAAUGGAGAAAUGCAUUGACUUUACCAUUGGAACAAACACCCGGACAAAUGUUAGUUUACAUUAAUCAAAUUGUUUCGAGAAUCGGCAUGAAGAUGAGACCAUCUUUGAAGAAAUCAAUGUUUCAUCUUGCCUGGUCACCGGACAGUUUACCGACAUCCGAAGCAAUCAAUCCGUUAUUGGAAUAUUUAGAUGUGCAUUUGGUUGCACUUAAUUCAGCCCUUUUAGCAGUGAAUUUUACGCGUGUCUUACAGGACGUUUGGGAGGUAGUAUUAAGUGAAUUGAGCAAUCAAAUGGAUGGAAAUGCAGGAGACAAGCCAUCCGUAUUUUACGAAAGAUUACACGAUGCGCUUCUUCUGUUGACCAAAUUCUUUCAUGCGGAUGAAAAGGGUCUACCUUUAGGGAUACUUCAUAGUCGAAAUUAUUUAAAUGUGGAUGAACGAUUGAAAUAUCAUACAAUGGAUACGAAUUAUCUUAUUAAUCGUUAUUAUUAUCAACGAUUGCAGGACCAAAUGAACACCAUGACAUCCGAGUAUGGUGUUUUGACAGUAAGAGCAUAUUUGAAUCACGAUUCGCUUUGCGUCGAAGUGAUUAAUGCUAGAGACGUAAUACCGUUAGAUCCAAAUGGUUUUAGCGAUCCAUUUGUAAUAAUCGAAUUAUUACCACGAAAAGUUUUCGAACAUUGUGCUGAACAACAAACUAACGUUAAGAAAAGAACUUUGAAUCCGAUGUUCGACGAGUGCUUCGAAUUUUCCGUAAGCGUUGAACAGUGCCAAAGUCCUGACGCUAUAGUAUUAUUCACCGUAAUGGAUCACGAUGUACUCACAGCUAACGAUUUUGCUGGUGAAGCAUUUUUGGGAUUAAGCACGAUACCCGGUGUAGCUGACACUAAUACCAGUAUAGAUAAUUUUCAUGGCCUCAAACAUACUGAGUUACCAUUAAUGCACCAAAAAAAUCGAAACCAUCCAAUUCUUCAAAUUUUGGAAACGAGAGCCGGUGAUAAGCUAGCCCUCGACUUCGUAAAGAAACAAAAACAACGAUUCGCCACAUCAUAAAAAUGUUGGCAUCAUUCUAAUGAAUAAAAAUCUACUAAAUGCACAGGUUAAGAGAUGGUCGAAGAUAAUAUCAACGGUUAUGAACGAACGAACGAACGAACGAAUGAAUGAAUGAAAAGAAUUUAGCUCGUUAAUAUCUUUUCUCUGGAUAUUUAACGCCAAUUAAUCCUAAUAAUGUCUUGUGUAAAAUAAUCUCACGUGUUUGAAUUUAAAUCAAUGUUUGAUAAGAAAACGUGGGGGGGGGGCGGGAGGAAAAACGAGAACAUCAACACAAAAAUUUAUUUUUUUCUGUUUGGAGGACGAACAAAUUUACUAAAAAAGAAAAAAAAAGAAGAAAAAAAAGAAGAAAAAAAAGAAAAAAUAUGUCUGUGUGAUGUAGUUAACGGUAAAUGUUCAUAAAAAAACAAAAAUUGUCGUCCAACUCGGUAUGUACGAUUUGUUGAAUUUAGAAGGAUAUUAACUAACUAAAAAUAAAAGGGCAAUAAAAGGAAAGAACUGAACUGAAAUGAAAUGAAAUGAAAAGUCUCGUCUUGUCUCGUCUCGUCUCGUCUCGUCUGGUCUCGUCUCGUCUCGUCUCGUCUCGUCUCGUCUCGUCUGGUUUUGACGUAAUGUAAUAUGUAAAAUGUAUAUAUAUGUACCUAUGUUCUUUCGGAUCACCGCUAAAUGAUCGAUCUUAUUCUCGAAAAGUUACUUUAUAUGUUAUACUAUACCUAUUUUGGAUCGUUUCGAGAAUAUAUAAUACUAAAGAAUUAAAGAAAUGAAAAAAGAGAAUAUAUGAUCGAUAUACAAGAAUAUUUUUCUUACUCGUCGUUGGUCAAUAUAAUAUCUAACUUAUUCUAUCUUUCUCUAUAUGCCAGGAUCAAAAAUUCACGACAAUGAUAUCCGAUUACGAAGUUAAAAAAAAUUGUGGCAUGCUAAUUAAAAUAAUAUAUCGAAAGAUUAUUAUUAUUAUUAUUAUUAUUAUUGUAACAAUGUGAAUAAUGUGCGAUUAAAUCGGUAACAUAUUGAAAGAUAAACGACACCACGUCUUAGCACACGACUCUUUGGUGAACGAACAACAACAAAAUCUAUCGAAAAAUCAUGCGAUCCAAAUGGUAAAUGUGAAAAAAAAGAAAAAAAAAAAAAAGAAAAGACCUUGGAAUCGUAAGUUUAAUACAAACAUGGGUGUGUUUACGCCUAAUUUCAUUUGCUCGAACAAUCUCUAUUUUUCCUACUAUCUCUAUAUUUCUCUCUUUCUAUCUUUCUUAUGCGAUUUUAUGAAAAAAAAAAGAAAAAAAAGGAAAAAAAAAAAAAAGAAACGUUUAAUGUCGAGAAGUAGGGGUAUAUAUCUUCUUAUUUUUGUGUGAUGAUUGGGACAAACAAAUUCGUAAUACAUUUAUGAUGUAUAGUUUUAUGGAAGUCGAGGAAAAAAAAAUAUGAAAAAACAUAAAAAAAGAGAGAGAAAGAAGAAGGAGAAGUAUAUAAUAAGAAUACAAAAAAUUGAAAGAGAAACUAAUCUAAAGCGCAUAAUACACGUCAAUUUUUUUCUAAUGCACGUAUAUAUAUAACUUUGCGCCUUCCCCGUGUAUCUUGUAUAUAUACGAAUGAUCAGGAUGUUAUGUAAAACAACAUUUAACACAUUUGACGCGCCUUACAAUAUAUAAAAAAAAAAAAAACAAAAAAAAAAGCAAAGUUUAAU